GAUGCCGGGCGGUGGAGGCAGAGACAAUACCGCGCCCCCGGAGCCGGGCUGCCCGGAGCGCCCCCCUCCCCUCUCCUUGCCCCUCUCCUCUCCCACCAUGAUGUCCAUGAACAGCAAGCAGGCGUUCAGCAUGCACCCCAUCCUGCACGAGCCCAAGUACCCCCACCUGCACACCAGCUCCGAGGCUAUCCGCAGAGCCUGCCUGCCCGCCCCCCAGAUCCAGGGCAACAUCUUCGCGGGCUUUGACGAGACCUUGCUGCGGGGUGCCGAGGCUCUGGCCGCUGUGGAUAUAGUGUCGCAGAAAACCCACCCGUUCAAGCCGGAUGCCACCUACCACACCAUGAGCAGCGUGUCCUGCACUCCUACCUCGUCCUCCGUGCACCUGCACCACCCGUCCGUGCUGACCACGCACCAUCCCCACCACCACCACCACCAGCCCUCCCAGGGCCUGGAGGGCGAGCUCCUGGACCACCUCAACUCUACCCUCCCGCUCGGAGGGGUGCCGGGGCCGGACGUGGGCUCCACACCUUCGCACCCUCACUCCCACAUGUCGGCCAUCAACCACAUGGCCCACCACUCCCAACCUAUGAACAUGUCCCACCCUCACGGCCUCGCUUCCCACGCUGUCAUCUCUGGCCCCGAGACGGAGACGGACCCGCGGGAGCUGGAGUCCUUCGCCGAGCGCUUCAAGCAGCGGAGGAUCAAGCUGGGGGUGACUCAGGCGGACGUGGGCUCCGCGUUGGCCAACCUGAAGAUCCCGGGGGUGGGCUGCCUUAGCCAAAGCACCAUCUGCAGGUUCGAGUCCCUCACCUUGUCCCACAACAACAUGGUGGCCCUCAAACCCAUCCUAGAAGCGUGGCUGGAGGAGGCCGAGAGGGCUCAGAGGGAGAAAAUGACCAAACCGGAGAUCUACACAGGGGGGGACAAGAAACGCAAGCGCACCUCCAUCGCCGCCCCCGAGAAGCGGUCGCUGGAGGCUUACUUCGCCGUGCAGCCGCGGCCAUCCUCAGAGAAAAUCGCUGCCAUCGCCGAGAAGUUAGACUUGAAGAAGAACGUGGUGCGGGUCUGGUUUUGCAAUCAGAGACAGAAGCAGAAAAGGAUGAAAUUUUCUGCCACUUACUGAAGAAGGGGCUGGGAAGGCGGUGGGGGGAGUGCCUGUUCCCCUCCAGCCCCUCUGAAGUGGGCAGGGUUUGGGAUGAUUUUUUUUUUGUUGUUGUUUAAAAAAAAAAUUUGAAGAAAAAAAAAAAGGAAAAGUAAACCUAAAAAGGGAAACCCGCCCAAAGCGAUGCGAACAGUUUGGUGCCUGCUCCUCACCCCCCAGGCAAACUGGCCCCGCUGUUAUGACUGGUAUAGACUGCUUUUUCUAGACAAAAAUGGAGAAAAAGGAGAAGACGAAACGGAAGGCCUGGGGGGGAGUUUUGGGGGUGCUCGGAGCCAGGGCAGCGGCAGCGAGAGCCCGGCGGGGCUUUGUUGCAGCCCCUUCCCGGCUCGGAUGGGCAAGCAGCGGCUGGGGCACCGCUCCUUCCUCAGCGGCCGGUCCUCUUCUUUUUAAAAACUAAAAGAAAAAUGAUAAUAAAUGAAAAAAAAAAUAAAUAAAAAGGAAAGAAAAGGAGCUAAAGCUGCCCCGACGGCUGUAAAUACGGAGGCGCCGGCCCGUGCCCCCACGCUCGCUGCCAGGGUCCCCGCGCGCACACACGCACACACACGCACUUGCAUGGUUUUGUUCGCUGUCCCCUGCCCCUUCGCAUUUUUGCAAUAACGUUUCUGUUUCUACCUCAUCGGCUAAAUCAAAAAUAUAUAUAUAUUAAAAAAAAAAUAGAAAAAAAAAAGAAUAAAAAAAAAUAGAAAGGAAAAAAAAAAUUGGCACGUCCCUGGAAGUCACGGUUUGUUCGGUGGGGGGGGAAAAAUAAAGGGAGGGAGAUUUAUUUUGCUUUGGUUUCGCUCAAACUGUUCGAUAGCCGUAUGAUUUCACUGUAAAAUAUCCUACGCUUCGACAAUCAAACCAUUGGGGCUCACAGGAGCGGCGGGACCGGCCCGGGGCAGCGGGGGUGCGCGGCGUCCCUGCCCCGCGCCUCCGCCUGUACCGAACUCUGCACUUUCUAAGGCAAGAAUACUUUUUUUUCUCCUUUUUUUUUUUUUUUUUUUUGCUUUGCCUAUUUAAUAGAGAAAUUUGCCUCCGAUUCGUUGUUAUUUUUUUUUUUUUUAAACUAAUGAUUAUUAUUAGUUAAAUUUCGUUUCGCUGUGUGUGUGCUGAAUGAAAUUUGGUGUCUGUGUACGCUGCAGCAUUUCCAAUAAACCAUGCACGUUUUACCUCA